AUGGCGCCAUCAAUCGCAUCUGCGAAGAUCACCCUCUCUUGCCCGUUGUUCGCCGCAGACUUCGACCCUCGAAACCAUGGCCUGUUGCUCGUUGGAGGCGGAGGAGGUGAAGGGCGCAGUGGUGUGGGAAACAAAAUCGCCUUGUUAAACACUUCGAAACGUCAAGAAAUAUCCGAACUGGUUGACAUCCAGCUCUCUCGCGACGAAGACUCGGUCACAUCACUAGCAAUCGCCGAGUCAAAAGACGAAUCUAUGAUAGCUCUCGCAGGGAUUAAUAGUUCGCAAGCCGAGCAGUUGAAAGGAAACAAUCAACAUCUACGAUCGUUCCGACUAGAAUACCCGCUUCGAAAAAGCGAGACCCACGACGACACGACGCCGAAUACAGAAAAAAUUGAUGGAAGAAAAACCACGCCGUUGACCCAAGUCUCGCUGUUCAGCUCAAAUGUUACUGACAAGGAGGCCAAGAAAUCAGCAGGGAAAGUCGACACAUAUCAAAGACUCUUAAGACUAUCUCCCUAUAAAGCGCCCGAGCUACCUCGAAUAAGCGCAAUUGCGACUGGACUGGCACCCGCGGGAGAGAUUGUUCUUUUCACUGCGACCUCACAUCCUCAGACGUCAGACGUCAUUGGACGAAUUAGGUUGGAAAAUGGGAAAGAAGCCGAAGAUAUCGACAUCAUCGAGUUGGAAGAUGGGAAGUUCCUAGUCGCUUACACCGAUGGAACGGACAUCUGCACAUUUGAAAUAUCUGCAUCACGAAAAUCGAAUGCGGUGCCUGAAGUCAAAAGCGUUUUCACCAUACCCAAAACUCUGCCCAAAAAGUCUAAAUAUAGAGCGCUACGAUUCCUUUCACCGACGGCCAUAUUACUCCUUCAAAACACAAUAGAUCGCACAGGAAGUGAACUUUCUAUAUUAUCCAUACCGGCCAAGGGAAGCGGUUCGAUAGUACGUCGAAAAAAGCUUCGAAAGUCCAUCAAAAUCGGCUUGAGUUUAGACGUGGUCAAUUUCGGAGAAGGGCAGAACCACGAACGGCAAUAUUUCAUCGCUCUGGCGGGUAGUGAUCAGUCCAUUGAGACUUUGGUCCUGGAUUAUCUGCCAAGUAAAGGCUAUGGAUCGCUACAGGUAUACUCGACGUUGAAUAAUGUUCAUCCGUUCUCAAUGACGAAAGUCUGCUUCUCGCAUUAUCGACCACCAUCAUAUCCAGUGACAGCCAACACACCUCCGCAAUACGUAAAGCUGGCAUCGAUAAGCUUGGGCAACACGGUUGUCGUGCACACAUUCCCACUAUCGCCACAAAGGACUCUAGCCGGAAGAGAGACCCCAUCACCACGAUACGCGCUCAAAGCACCCGGCCACUCAGAAACCCUAGACACAAUAUUCACUACAUUCGUUGCUCUCCUCGUGGUCGCUAUCAGCUGUUUCUUCCUACAGGCCUUUACUGAAAUCAGGGGUCUGACACCGUCGUAUCUGGGCGCCACCGCCUGGCUUCCUGAGCGAGUCCGCUCGUCGAUUGCGAGACCAUAUAUUCGCGACGUUGUCGCUGCAGAGGGUAUUGCGCCUCAGGUUGUCACAACAGCGUCAUCUAUCGCUGCUGCGAUUUCUACUGCUGCGCCAUCCAUCAUUACGGGUCAUCAUCUCCGUGACCUUCUCCAUGCCCGGAAGACGAGCACCCGCGAGGGCCAGCUUGACGAAGACCCAUCAUCUAUAAUCGACGCAAUUAUUGAAAGCCUCGAAACAACCAUCCCGUCCCCACCAUUAAUCAUAAAAUACAACCACGACGAAGACUCCAUAUACGCUCAUCACCACAACCAAGACACAGACUCUACUGCCGAGGAUGAACCCUCAUCGAUAGAAGAAAAACAUCAAGCCCGUAAAUGGGAAGAUCUGCAGCCCGAGCAACGCGAGCGCUGGCGUCACCAUCUCUCUGAGGCUGGUCACUGGGCCCUCGGGGAAGGUGAGCAGGUACUUCGGGGUGUAUUCUUUGGACAGAUUGGAGGGAUGAUUGCUGCUGCUGCCGCUGGUGGUUAA